CAUGUGAACUGCGAUCGUGUUGGAAACGUUCCUGUACUGCCGAAGCACAGGCCAGAACACGGGAGACAGUCGAGUGGCCUUCUUGUACAAGGCGAAGGUUCUUGUUUGUUCAGUCCAGGAGCGCCUCUGUUAGGCAAGGGACGCAGCAAUGGAGGACGGAGCACGCGGCGACGAUGGCCAAUCAUUAAAAGGGACGGAUAAAACAGAAAAUUUCCGUGUCCGUCUGAUGACCACCCCGUCAGAAUUUUCGCUCUUGUUUGAGUGGGCAAUAGCGGAGGGGUGGUGCCCAUGCGUUUACGAUGCAGAAUCCUACUAUAAGCAGGAUCCUACCGGUUACUACCUGGCAGAACUAGAUGGUGUUCCGAUCGGAGGGCUUGGUACCGUAAAAUUCGGGGCAGAUGUUGCUUCGAUAACCCAAUACAUCGUCAAACCGCCCUUCCGGGGAAAGGGGUAUGGCUACAGGAUGUGGCAAGAAGUCAUGAAGACGAUCGGUGACAGAAACCUGUUUCUGGAGAGUGCUCCCGCUCAGCGAAGUAACUACGAGAAAUCCGGUUUCAAGAGUUCGUGGCAAACAAUCCGGUUUCGCGGAGUUGGUCGUACUGAUGAUGACCAUGCCGUCAAUAACGCCGAGGACCGUGUAACGCUGGUUUCAGUUGACAAAGUGAACUUUGACGACUUCUGUGCCUUUGACCAAAAAGUUUCUGGUGUGUCACGGCCAACUUUGCUGAAGAGCUGGAUCAACCAACCUGGUUCGAUCAACCUCGUUGCCGUCGAUAGUAUCGAAGGCAUUGGUCAGAAGAGAGAAUACAGGAUCGUCGGCUACGGGUGCAGUCGGCUUUGUUAUGAAGGGUACCAGAGCACCUCUUUCUCCCGAAAAAUCGCUCCCAUCUUCGCGGAGUCCUCUGGAGUUGGUUCACAGCUCUUCAACGCUCUAGUCGCGACCGUUCCACAGAAAUUCCCUUCUACAUUGAUGUUAUCGAUGUUAACGAAAACGCUAUGCAGAUCGUGAGUGAAUUUGGCUUAGACAGUAUAUCUUCCAUAACACACAUGUUCACGAAAUGUAACAGCGUUCAGCACAACAUGGUCUAUGGUGUUGCCAGUUGCGACAUUGGGUUUUAAUUCUAAAAUGUUAAAAAUUUCAAAGUGUUAGAUUAAAGAUAGAUUUGUUUUAAAGCCCAAAGUGUUGAGUGCAACUACAUGCAUUACAAUUGAUGGUACAGUUUUGACAUUAUUUCAAUACAUUUUUCCUUCGAGUAUUAGAAGUGACAAAUUCAGCUUCAGCUGGUGGCAAUGUUCUUUCUGAUUUUUCUAAAACACCGGGUCCCAUUCAUGUUUGUUGGAGUCGCUAAGUGUUAAAUAUAAUCUUUUAUCAUUGUCCUGAUUUCUAAAGCAGUUUUUUAACCUGGAAAUGUGAAUCCUUUACCUGAUUAUACCUGUACUAUAUGUUAGUGUUUUAUUGUCAAGGCGAUUUCUUUUGUAUUCAGAUGGAUUCUGCGUGUAAUUCUUGCAUUCUAACAGUCUUUUGUCAGCAGCCUUUGUGCUAGAUAUUUGUAAAGUUUAGGUUCAAUGAGAUUUAUUUCUAUUUUACUCUAAUUCAGAAAAUGGCUUUUACAUGAUGCGUAACUAACUUCAUAUAGAUAAAGAAAUAAAUUUUGUACUAUUUACUGAUAAUAUCUUUGCAAUCCCUUUUAAGUGUACGGAAUGUAUUGUGCCUUCCUCAUAAAUUAGUGGCUUGGCAGUAAGUUGAUUAUUUUGCAUAGUAUGUAUUUUGUUCUCACUCAAAUCUACAUAUUGCCUUAUUUCGCCGUUAUUCUACUAAUUGAGUGGCCACCCUGUUCUGGCCAUGUCAUUGAAGCAAAAUACAUGACGCGGCUUUGAGAGCAAUAGUCUUUGCACGUAGGUAUGGAGUCUUGGAUCUCUUGCUUUCAGAAGAAUCGAUUGGUAGACGAAGACA